UAAGUUUAAUGCUUCACUCAAAUUUUCUCAUUAAUAUUACUUUUCUUAUUCUUUGAAACUUAAGACUACACAAACAAACUGACAUGGAUCAGAGCAGCCUUGGUGAAAGCCUCAAAGGGGUUGUUGCUGCUCAUCCGAACCAACUAUUGCUUCUCCUUGCUGGGUUCGAGAAACAAGGCAAGGGAACACUUAAGCCCAACCAAAUUCAAGCACAAUUUGAGGCUCUUCCCAAGGAUGCCAAGGAUAUAUUGCUUCAAAGCUAUUUUGGAGAUGUUCUAAAAUCCACCCAGGAAGCGAUUGUGUUGGCGCCAUGGGUGGGUCUUGCAAUCCGGUUGAGCCCUGGCGUGUGGGAAUACAUAAAGGUGAACAUCAAUGACCUUUCUAUUGAGGAAUUCACCGUUCCUCAGUAUCUACAAUUCAAGGAAGAGACCUUCCAAGGACCGCAAAAUGGCAAGUUUGUUCUUGAGCUGGACUUUGAAUCCUUCAGCCCCAACGACUCCUUCCUCCCUCGACCGACCCUUCCCAAGUCUAUUGGAAAUGGAGUUGAUUUCCUCAACAGGCACCUCUCUGCCAAGUUGUUCCAUGAUAAGGAUUCCAUGUUUCCUCUCCUCCAUUUCCUCAAAAUGCACCGUUAUAAGGAAACUAGCUUGAUGCUGAACGAUGAUAAGAUCUCCAACCUCAACCAACUCCAGUUCGUCCUUAGGAAAGCUGAGGAGUACCUGUGUACAAUAUUAGUCCCUGAUCAGACCACGCCUUACUCAGAAUUCGAGGACAAGUUUCAGGAGAUGGGUUUGGAGAAGGGAUGGGGUGAUAAUGCUGAACGCGUUCUGGAGAUGAUCCGUAUGCUCCUUGACCUUCUAGAGGCACCACACCCUUGCACCCUUGAGAAAUUCCUUGCUAGGAUUCCCAUGGUUUUCAACGUUGUUAUUCUCUCCCCCCACGGCUAUUUCGCACAGGAAAACGUUCUGGGCUACCCGGACACAGGUGGCCAGGUUGUCUAUAUUUUGGAUCAAGUUCCUGCCUUGGAGAAGGAGAUGCUCAUGCGAAUUGAGCAACAAGGCCUUCUUGGUCACAUCAUACCAAGAAUCCUUAUUGUGACUCGUCUUCUUCCCGAAGCGGUUGGGACAACCUGCAACCAACGGCUGGAGAAGGUAUACAACAGUCAGCACGCCCACAUUCUUCGAGUUCCCUUCAGAACCGAGAAAGGGAUAGUUAGAAAAUGGAUCUCCCGUUUUGAAGUCUGGCCUUACAUUGAGACCUUCGCCGAGGAUGUUGCACGUGAAGUGGCUAAAGAGCUGCAGCAAGCAAAGCCUGACUUGAUCAUUGGAAAUUACAGUGAGGGUAAUCUUGUUGCAUCUUUGCUGUCUCACAAAUUAGGAGGAGUUACCCAGUGUACGAUUGCUCACGCUUUGGAGAAAACCAAGUACCCAGACUCCGACAUCAACUGGAAGAAGUUUGACGACAAGUACCAUUUCUCCAGCCAGUUCACAGCAGAUCUCAUAGCAAUGAACCACACUGAUUUCAUCAUCACCAGCACUUUCCAAGAAAUUGCUGGAAGCAAGAACACUGUUGGACAAUAUGAAAGUCACGCUGCAUUUACAAUGCCGGGCCUGUAUAGAGUAGUUCAUGGCAUUGACGUUUUCGACCCUAAAUUCAACAUUGUCUCCCCCGGUGCUGACAUGAACAUCUACUACCCUCAUUCAGACAAGGAGAAGAGGCUUACCAAAUUCCACCCUGAACUGGAAGAGCUGCUCUUCAGCAGUGUCCAAAACCAACAGCAUUUGGGUGUGCUGAAAGACCGCAACAAGCCAAUUAUCUUCAGCAUGGCCCGACUGGACAGGGUGAAGAAUCUAACAGGUCUAGUUGAGCUCUAUGCCAAGAAUGCCCGACUUAGAGAACUGGCUAACCUAGUGGUGGUAGGAGGUGACGUAGGAAGAAAAGAAUCAAAGGAUCAAGAAGAGGAUGCAGAGAUGAAGAAAAUGCACCACCUAAUUGAAGAAUACAACCUCGAGAACCAAUUCCGUUGGAUUUCUUCCCAAAUGAACCGAACCCGUAAUGGUGAGCUCUACAGAUACAUAGCAGACUUCAAGGGUGUCUUUGUGCAACCCGCUUUCUAUGAGGCCUUCGGACUCACCGUUGUGGAAUCCAUGACCUGUGGAUUGCCGACUUUUGCCACCUGUUAUGGAGGUCCGGCAGAGAUCAUAGUCCACGGCAACUCCGGUUUCCACAUUGACCCUUACAAUGGUGAUCAGGUGUCUCAAGUUAUCGUGGAUUUCUUUGACAAGUGUCAGAAGGAUCCGUCUCAUUGGGACAUCAUUUCCAAGGCAGGUCUCAAAAGAAUCAUGGACAAGUACACAUGGCAGAUCUAUUCCGAGAGGUUGAUGACACUUACCAGUGUUUAUGGCUUCUGGAGGAUUCUGUCAAAACUUGAACGACGCCGGAGACAUCGUUACCUGGAAAUGUUCUAUGCCCUUGAGUUUCGCAAGAUGGCUGAGACAGUCCCCCUGGCCGAUGAGUAGAUGGAAAUAUUGCAAGUUUGAAUAACUCUCAUUCUAUAUCAAGCUGUCCAAUAUCCCAGCAUAGCUUUGGCUUGGCUUGUUGUGAGAGACUGAUUUUUUUCAUCUUCCCUUUGGAGAUGUUUUAUUUUAUCACUAUUGGGGGGAUUUUCUUUCCCCGGCCUAUAAGCUGAUGAAAUAGGCUAUACAUGGCAUUUUCUUUUGAUUUUGAGUGAUGGAUUCUGGUCUGAACUGUUUGUUCAUCAAUAAAACAUCAGCAUCCAAAU